GUUCAGAUGCGUGCCGCCGCACUAGGAACACCAUCUCCCUCAUGAAAAUUCUGCAGACUUAAGAAAACUUCUUUUCCGCGACUGAACUCGAGGGAGUCUUGAAUCAACCUCGCCUGGAUAUGCCGCCUGACGCAUCAGCCAUCCGUUAGAUAUGACAAGAGUUUACUGCUUUUAAGUGAAAACGGGGCACAUACGCUCACACCAGACGUGUUUUUGUGAAAUGUGCAAAUAUUAAAAGAAGAACAGCUGCAGAUAUUACCAUGGAGCGAUAAUGAGAACUUCCCCUGCUUGAAGGGGGUUGAGUGCGUCACCUCUUUUCACAACUCCCUUCACUAGCAUACUUUGCGGAAUAAAAGAAGCGCAUCAGUUUUGGGGGAGUUCAACAACGAUCUGCCUUAGUCCAAGUACGCCUUUUGCCCCCUUUUGGCUGCGUUUUUUUUUUUUUUUUUUGAAAUUUAGUGAGAGUUCGUUCAGGAAUGGCAGGAAUGACUAUCUCAUUUCUGCUGCUGUAUGUUUUGACGCUGUGGGGAGAGGGUUUGAGCGUGUCUUUCCCACAGCGAUAUAAUCUCUACGCGGGGCAGAAUCAGCUCCAGGCGCAGAACGGGGCGCGAGCGGCCAGCCGACACAGAAACUGGUGUGCGUACGUGGUGACACGGACUGUGAGCUGCGUGGUGGAGGAUGGGGUAGAGACCUACGUGAAGCCCGACUACCAGCCUUGCUCCUGGGGGCAGAUACAGUGCCCCCGUGUAGUGACGUAUCGGACCUACAUGAGGCCGAAGUACAAGGUGGCCUACAAGAUGGUGACGGAGAUGGAGUGGAAGUGUUGUCAUGGCUACAGUGGAGACGACUGCAAUGAGGGGCCAAGCGGGGGGUCCGUCACCCAAAUCUCCACCGCCAGACCCAGGCCUAAUCCCUCUGGUGGAGGCACAGAACGUGGUGGAGGAAAUGGGAGAGGUGACAGCGACAAGGUGAAGCAGCUGGAGGACAAGAUGCAGAGCCUGACCAAAGACCUCCAUGACCUUCAGUCCACCCUGCGGAAGUUCCAGGAAGAGAUGCGUAAGCCAGGGUUCGGCAGCCGGACGCCUGCAGACGCCGCCCAGCCGGAGAUGAAGGAGACCAUUCACAGCAUCCAGACCAAGCUGGACCAGCUGGACAACCGCACGCGGGCGCACGACAGGACGCUAGUCAGCAUCAACAACCACCUGGUCAAUGGCAACGGUGGCGGCGGUAACAACGUGGAUGGUGCCGGGGGCAUGGACAGUGGCCGGCUGAAUGCCAUGAAGGAGGACAUCCUUAGGGAACUGGAGCACAGGGUGAGCCUGUCCUGCUCCUCCUGCCAGUCAGGUGUAGAGGACCUGCGGCGGCAGCAGCGGGAGGACCGCGAGAGGAUCCGCGCCCUGGAGAAGCUGAUCAACGCCAUGGACCAGCGGCACCGUGCCGUGCUGGACGUCCUGCGCAGGGACAUAGAGCGGGCUCAGAGCUGCUGUGCCUCGGUUAACGAGCUCAGCCGGCGGCUCAGCGACACCGAGAGGAAGGCCAGCGUGGCGUCUGAGGGUUACAACACCCUGCGAGACCGUCUGGAUAACGGGCUACUUGGGGUGGGCGGGGCCGGAGGCGGCAGGGUGGUGACGGAGGACAGGUUUGACAGAAACCUAAGGGAGCUAGAGAGGCGGGUGAACGAAACGGUGCGGAGGGCGGAGGAGAACUGUGGGUACGUAGAGAGCGACGUCAAGGACUACUUUCACACGGAGCUCGGCGACCUGCGCAAAGAGGUCGUGGAUCGUUUCAACAACCAGCGUUACCAAAUAACCAAUCUGGAGGAGGACACGGCCAUUCUCAAAGACACCGUUGCUGACCACGGAAAACGGCUGGCCCGUCUGGAGAAUGCAACGUCCCACAUCGACCGCAAGCUGAUGGCGACAGAGGCCGCCUGCAAGGAGUCAUGCGGGUCUGAACGCGCUCCUGGGAGAGGGGACAGCGCUGAUGACGCAGUGAAGACCCUGGAGUGGAGGGUCAUCGCUAACGAGGACGAGAUCCGGAGAUUCGACACCCGACUGAAGGGCCUGUCCAUGUCCGGCGACUCUUUGAUGGACAAACUGGUGGAUCUCGGCCACGACAUGCGCAAAAUCAAGUCCCUGACCGGGGAGAACGGCGAGCACUUCAAUCGCAUUGUUUCCGAGAUCGAGGACUUGGGCAGGCAAGUGAACGACUGUGACAUCUGCAGCUCGCUGGAGGACGAGCUGAGCACGCUGAGGAACAGCACCAGCAACAACCUGGACAGGAUGCAGGCGGAAAUCAACAAAAUGCGCGACAAAGUUAGCUCAGACGGGACCGCGUGCUCGCAGGUGUGCUCCAAUCUGCAGGAGGAGGUGGGGAGGCUGAAGGAGGAGGUGGAGAAGUGCAGCGCGAGCUGCAAGAUGGACUUGGACCGGCCCGGCGGGGCGGGUGACCUCGACGCUCAGAAGCCCCUGGAUGGCCACAGCGUCGUCGGCACAGCGUCGGAUGGGAUGCUGAAGUCGAUCCAGGGAGAGCUCUCCGGAGUCAUCCUCACCUUCAGCUCCAUCAAUGACACCUUGAAGGAGCUGGAGCACAUGGUGCAGAAGCACGACAGCGUCAUCGCCGACCUCAGCAACACCAAGGACAAGAUGUUCUCCGAGAUCGACAAGAUCCAGGAGGAGGUGGGCGAGCACGUGGAGGACAGCCGGCGGCGCCUGGAGCAUGUGGACCGUGAGAUCCGCCGCUUCGGCAACAACUUCAUGGUGGAGGUGGGCGACUGCAAGAGGUCCGGGGACGGCCUCGAGAAGAGGCUCGCCAAGAUGGAGGGCGUCUGCGGCCGGCUGGACUCGGUCUCCGACAGCCUCCAGAAGAUCAAGGAGGGCCUGAACAAACACGUGUCGGGUCUCUGGAACUGCGUCAAUGGGCUCAACGCCACCGUCACCUCGCACAGCGGAGUCAUCGAGAACAUCCAGGGCACACAGAUGGACAACAUUCACGGCAAGAUCAAGACCCUCAACUCCUCUGUGCUCCACAUCCUGAAUGAGUUUCAGCGCUUCUCCAACCAGGACUUUGCUGGGCCCCCUGGUCCCCAGGGCCUGCCGGGAGAGAGAGGGUAUUUAGGGCCUCCAGGGCCAAUGGGCCCACCAGGCAGAGAAGGGCCUCCAGGUAAUCCAGGAGCAGAUGGAUCAAGGGGACCCCCAGGACUUAAGGGUGAAAAAGGAAUGCCUGGAGCUGACGCCCACGUGCCUCGCCUGUCCUUCUCGGCCGCCCUCACGUAUCCCCAGACCAACCCAGGAACCAUCGUCUUCAACAAGGUCUUCGUCAAUGAGGGAGACUUCUAUAAUCCCCAAAAUGGGAUUUUCACCGCCCCGCUGGAUGGGCGGUACUUCUUCAGCGCCAUCCUGACGGGCCGCAAGAACGAGAAGAUUGAGGCGGUGCUGUCCAAGUCCAACUAUGGCAUGGCCCGGGCGGACUCGGCUGGCUACCAACCAGAGGGCUUGGAGAACAAGCCGAUGGCGGAGGCCAAGCCUACACCCGGCUCUCUGGCCGUCUUCAACAUCAUACUCCCCCUGCAGGUGGGGGACACCAUCUGCGUCGACCUGGUCAUGGGCAAGCUGGCCCACUCCGUGGAGCCGCUGACCAUCUUUAGCGGGAUGCUGCUGUACGAGGACAUGUAGAGGGUGUGCAUGAGGUUGGGCUCCUGAGAACAGGAAGGAAGGCUUCACAGGCUGUGGACAUUAAAAAGAACUGACAAGAAAAGAAAAAACACAUCCACUUUGACUACAAAAAAGGAAGACGACGGAGCAGAACAGAUUUGGUUUCAUUUUUUUCCCACCUUGACACUGUUGAAAGACUUGAUGGACUUCUUGAAGACAGGAUAUGACAUUAUAUGGAGCAAAGACUUCGCCUGUGAUGUUGUAACGUGCCUCUCCGUCGGAUGAACAUUCUAACAGACGUUACUGCAGUUUUUUUUUAUUCACCUUCCAUUGUUAUGGUUCACUACAGAAAGGAGUUAUGGAUAUUGGUUUGUGCACCUUAGCUGACCUUUGAGGCCUUGUUGACUUUUUGAAUCUUGCUGCAUUUUUUUACCCAAGGAAAGUGGAAGACACGCGACUCUCAACUCAUGGCCAGGGGCCAGGACUUCUUCAGAUUUGUCGCUGAGGUUAAUUUAAAAAAUUAUUCACAAAACAAUGGUAUAUCUGUGCACCUCUUGGUCUCUGUAUGUUUGCCUUGUGACUUUUCAACUCUGAAUGCGAUAGAGUUCAGCCAUACAGAGGAACACUAUGCAGCUAUUGCACCAUAAUCCAUGUAAAUGGCCUGUAAGGGCCAAGCCUACUGUUACUUCUGAGGGAGAUUUUUCCAAUGUCAGUUCAUUGGUGGAAAGCGCAGUAGAUUUCAAUUAAACUUUCAUACAGAGCGUUUUAACAGUAUAACAACUCGGAAAAAACAGACAAGAAAAACCCAGCAGCGGAGGAUGUGCAGUUUGGUUAUGUUGUGAUAAGGGCCCAGCGGCGCACGGUUUCUUGAAGGACAGCCAAAGAUUACAAGAAAGGGAGCUUAUUGUAAACAUAGCCUUUUCACUUUAUUAAAAAGGACAAAUUGCCAUCAUUAAUGGAAGAGUGGCUUAAAGUUUUUACAGAAAACAACAAAACCCACCCCCCACCCCAACUCUCCCCCCCCAGAGAAUACAGUUAAGGCCUUUUUUUUGCACAUCCUCUUUACAACAAAAAGAGGAGGAAAAUCAAAUGGCCUCCAAAAAAAAAUGCAUGUGCCAAAGUCUUGUGCUAGGACAGGGUGACCCUUGGUGACAUCGGGGGACCCAAACCGGGGUGUUUCUCCCUGCAAAAAUAUUUAUGUAAACAGCCGGGGAAAGACUGCAAAUGAGAAAACCACACAUUUUGAUGUAUUGGUUUGUGUUGGCCUAGGCCACGAGUGUAAACACAUGCCAAAGAACAUGCUGUGUUUGAGAAGGGGCCCGUUUAUAGCCCAUAUCAAACCUUUGCCUUGUUUUUCACAAGAUAACGAAUUAAAAAUAUCUGAAAAACACAAAACAUAGCAGUAUGCACAUGCUAACGUGUGCCAAACUAACAAAUAUUUAAAGCUACUGACCGCAUCCAUCUUGGAUUUCACCAGCACUUGACACUGAUGUCAUGUGUUAACCCUUUAUUGUAUUUCACUUAAACCAUGUUUGCAUUUGGUUUUCCUUUGGUCGCUUCUGACGAAACCGGCGUGUCUGUCUGUUAAUUUAAGUCCUGUGUCCUGUAGCUCACAUGUAACACAUGCUUUGAGAAAGAGCUCAGGCUUUUAAUGGCAAAUGAAGAAAAUAAAAACAUACUCAACGUGUUCCCGUUCAGCAUGCAAUCCAAAGUGGCUGUAAAUUUUUUUGUAUAGUUUCCUUUUCUACAAUGCCUCACAGUUUACCAAAGUUAUCUCGAAUGAGUGUCGCUACAAGUGUGGUUCAAAUAAAGAUAUUUAAUUUUUACACAGCUCCUUGUACACAGUGUGGCCUGUCAUUUGAUCUCCCAUAAGAUUAAUGCAAGGGGAGCCGGUGGGAUUAAACUCAACCUCAAAGUAAAGUUAUUCUUGGCAGGCGUUAACGGGCACAGAGAAAUUGCCCACAGGGAAAUGAUGUCAUUGUGUUUCCCACACUAGCAGUGAUGCUAUCAACAGCG